GAGAGGUACAUUUGAACUCGCCUAAGGUCGGUUUGAUCCGGCUAGAUCCGGUUGAAAGCAGACCGAGGCGGUCUUUUGUAGAGAGCUCGAAAUCAAGCCGUUGAGGAGUCCUGGAACGCUGGCUUUUUAUUCAGAUCCAUCACGGAUAUCGGUAUUGAUUUGUCGUCUCGAGUGUCUAGGGAUCUCAGAGGAGUUGUUGGAGAAUUGAACGCGCCGUGCGAGCACCUCUUGGAACGCUAAUGCCGUACUGGGUUUUGGCGCCUCAUUCGGGAUACAGCACCAAUCCUCGUUCGUCCCAUCACUACUUACUGCAACCAUCAGCACCACACAUGCCGUGUUCUACGUCGUGAAUUGUCGACUUUCGUUCCUUACGACUAGUUCUACGCGAUUGCUUACAACGCUCUGCUUCGGUCUACUUCGGUUGAAGUUCAACGAUGACCUUUCCCGCUGCAGUCAACGGCUCUUCGGCGCCGCUCGAAGUUGCGGCGGCGCAUAAAUUGCUCGAUUUCUCCCAGAAGCUCGAUAUAAACCUCCUCGAUAAUGUGGUGCAAACGAUGUACUCGACCACUGGUAAUGAUCAAAGAAUGGCCCAGGAAAUUCUCACGAGACUCAAGGAACAUCCAGACGCAUGGACUCGAGUCGACACGAUUCUCGAGUUCUCUCAACACCAACAGACAAAGUAUUUCGCGCUCCAGAUUUUAGAAACGGUCAUCAAGACUCGCUGGAAAAUACUUCCUCGGAAUCAGUGCGACGGAAUCAAGAAAUACAUCGUCGGUCUCAUCAUAAAAUAUUCCCAGGAUGCCGAUUCGAUAUCAGCGGGGAGAGUUUAUCUCAACAAACUCAACAUGGUUCUCGUGCUCAUUCUGAAGCGUGAGUGGCCGAAGAAUUGGCCAACUUUCAUUUCGGAUAUCGUCGGGGCGUCGAAGAUAAACGAAAACCUCUGUCGCAACAACAUGGUCAUCCUGAAGCUGCUCUCUGAAGAAUUGUUCGACUUCAGCUGCGGCGCGAUGACUCAAACGAAGGCCAAACAUCUCAAAGAGACCAUGUGCAACGAGUUCUCACAGGUCUACACCCUGUGUCUGUACGUGAUGGAUAACUCGUGCGAUGUGUUGCUCGUCGAAGCGACGCUCGAAACCCUGCUGAGAUUCCUGAAUUGGAUUCCUCUCGGCUAUAUAUUUGAGACGAAACUCAUCGAGAACCUUAUAUCAAAGUUUCUUCACGUGAACCUAUUCCGCAACGUCACGCUGAAGUGCCUGACCGAAAUCGGGGCUGUUCAAACCGACGCCUACCACGACCAAUUUGAGAUUCUCUUCGUCGAGACCAUGAAGCUCAUGACGCAGAUCAUUCCGUGCGAUACGAAUAUCAAAGCCGCUUACGCCGCCGGCUCCGAUAUGGAGCAGAAGUUCAUCCAGAACCUUGCUUUAUUCCUCUGCACGAUGCUGAAGAUGCGUACCUCGUUGAUGGAUAGCCGCAAACAGACCGGCGUCGUAUUAGAGGCAUUGCAGCUUCUUUUGCUCAUUUCCGAAGUGGAGGACGUGGAAAUUUUCAAAAUAUGCCUCGAGUACUGGGGUUAUCUCGCACAGGAACUCUACCGGAGCACCGAAAUGAGCACUUCGUUACACAUUACGCUGAUCUAUUCAUCUACCGAGAGAGAUGCGCGUGCAUCUCGUAGGAAGCUCUACGCUCCAGUUUUGACUCAGUUGCGCUACAUAAUGAUCGGUCGAAUGGCGAAGCCGGAAGAAGUUCUCGUCGUCGAAAAUGAUCAGGGCGAGGUAGUUCGCGAGUUCAUGAAAGAUACUGAUUCCAUGACGCUGUACAAGAACAUGCGGGAGUGUCUUGUUUACUUGACCCACUUGAACUGCGAGGAUACGGAUCGUAUCAUGACCGAGAAGCUCCACAAACAGGUCAACGGAACCGAAUGGUCGUGGAAGAACCUGAACACCUUGUGUUGGGCUAUCGGCUCCAUUUCGGGUGCGAUGCACGAAGAAGACGAAAAACGAUUUCUUGUCACUGUCAUCAAGGACCUGCUCGGUCUUUGUGAACAGAAACGCGGCAAAGACAACAAGGCGAUCAUCGCCUCGAACAUCAUGUACGUCGUCGGCCAGUACCCUCGAUUCUUGCGCGCACACUGGAAGUUCCUCAAGACCGUGGUGAACAAGUUGUUUGAGUUCAUGCACGAAACCCACGAAGGAGUUCAAGACAUGGCCUGCGACACUUUCAUCAAAAUCGCCCAGAAGUGCAAAAGACACUUCGUUCAGGUCCAAGUGGGCGAGGUCCAGCCUUUCAUCGAAGAGAUUCUGAUGAAUAUUUCGUCGAUCAUAUACGACCUACAACCGCAACAGGUCCAUACGUUCUGUGAGGCUGUCGGCUACAUGAUUAGCUCCGAAACGGAGCAAUCGAGGCAGGAGCGUCUCAUCGAAAAGUAUAUGCAGCUACCGAACGUCAUCUGGGAUGAUAUUAUUAAUCAGGCCACGAAGAACGUCGACGUUCUCAAAAAUCCCGACGCAGUUAAGCAGCUGGGCAAUAUUCUCAAGACGAACUACCGGGCAUGCAAGUCGCUGGGUCACCCGUACGUCACCCAACUGGGCCGAAUCUAUCUCGAUAUGCUCAAUGUCUACAAAGUAAUGUCCGAGAACAUCUGCGUGGCCAUCCAGAGCCACGGGGACUCUGUGACGAAACAGCCUCUGAUCCGCGCAAUGCGAACGGUCAAGAAAGACAUCCUCAAACUCAUCGGCUGCUGGGUAUCGAAGUCGGAUGAUCCCAAACUCGUAUUGGACAACUUCAUCCAGCCGCUGCUGGACGCUGUGCUCCAGGACUACCUGAUCUGUCCGGUGGCCGAAGCCCGAGAGCCCGAAGUGCUCCAGACCAUGACAACGAUCAUCACGCGCAUGAACAAUUUGAUGAUCCCAUUCGUCCCCACGGUUUUCGACGCCCUGUUCCAGGUGACGCUCGAGAUGAUCAACAAGGACUUCGAGGAGUUCCCCGAGCACAGACUGCAUUUGUAUCUGUUGCUCCAAUCGAUGGUGACGCUCACUUUCGGGGCGUUGAUCCAGCUAUCUCCAGACAAGUUCAAACUUGUUCUCGACUCGAUCGUUUGGGCUUUCAAGCACACGAUGCGCAACGUCGCGGACAUCGGCUUGGAAAUUCUCCUCACCCUCCUGAAGCAGGUGGCCGCCGAGGAGAUGGCCGCUCAACAGUUCUACCAGACGUUUUUCACCGACAUUCUGCAGCAUCUGUUCAGCGUCGUCACCGAUACGUCUCAUUCUGCGGGCCUAGCUCAGCAAGCGGUGAUCCUCGCCUAUAUGUUUGCUCUGGUUGAUUCCGGAAAGAUCACCACUCCCCUAGCCCCGGGAAUCACUGACAACACACUUUACGUGCAACAAUUCGUAGCCAAUCUCCUGAAGACGGCUUUCCCACAUCUCAGCGAUAAUCAAGUGAAAAUAACUGUACAAGGUUUCAUUAACUUGGAUCAGAACGUUCCCCAGUUCAAAGAACAUCUGAGAGAUUUCCUCGUUCAAAUCAGGGAGUUCACUGGAGAAGAUGACACCGAUCUCUACCUCGAAGAGCGCGAAGCCGCUCUACGACAAGCCGAAGCUGAGAAGCGGAAGCAGCAGAUGUCCGUGCCUGGUAUUCUCAACCCUCAUGAGAUCACUGAGGAGAUGCAAGAUUAGGGACGGACGAGGUGGAACCCACCGACCCACGAGUGAGCGGAGCAGAGUGUGUAAAAUAGAUGUGUGUUUAUACGUAUUUAAAUGGUACGUGGCGCUGGGAUCUGGGCCACCAGCGACAAAUAAAACAAACGAAUGGAGAGCGACUUGUUGUACAAAGGAA